AUGCUGCGGGAUGUGCCACGGUUUAAGGUCUUGGUGGUGUUUGCUGGGCUGGUCUUGAUCACUACAGCUCUGUCUUGGGCGUCGGUCUGGUCAGAGACGGCCGUUCGGUCUGACACUUCAGCUUGUGCGCAGGUGGGUUCUCCACCAGCACCAUUUGAUGAGCCGGCUGCGUCGCCUCAAAGAAUAGACCACGCUGCUGUCGCUUUGGCAGACCCAAGGACAACAGAAGCAACAACGGUUGCCUCUUCCACAGCGUCGGAGCCGGAAAAGGAGCUAGGCCGUUCCGAGUCACACAAGACAGCCGACACACCAUUCCCCACUACCACCACCACCACCGACUUCCCAUCGGCAGCACCAGCAACGCAAAAGCCUUCGCCAACAGAGUCUGCAUUACCAGUAUCGCCCCCUUCCCCUCAACCUUCUUCCGCACCCCCGCGAGGAUGGUACCAGCUCCCUGAGGACCAUCCACGCGUGCUCGCCAGACUGGCCACGUACGCCGACUGGAACAGGACGUUUAUUGUCUAUGAGCCCCAAGUUGCAUGGCGCUGCCCGUAUGAGGACGAGGCUCGUUGGUUCUGGGACACGGAUACGCUUGCCGAAAUUGGGGUUGACUGGAAGACGGCAUUGACUGUUGCGCUCACCAACAAGACGAUCGGUCUUCACGGCGACUCACUCACCAUGGAAACAACCUCAGUUCUCCUGAACCUGGUGGAGUCGGCAGGCUUUGAGCUGGUCCAAGCGCAGCUACCAGAAGGUCUGAAACCAGACAUUACUCGCGUCGCCGCCUACUUCCCCACUCUCAACUUCACCCUGUUCACAAUCUACCUCCCCUACCUUGUCGAUAUGAAGGGCGCAAAGCCGUACCCUGUGCUGAAUUUGGACCGACCGUCCGAGUCCUUCACGGCCAUGACCAAUCUUGUUGAUGUCAUGGUGAUCAACGUUGGUAUGCACCUCAUGUCCAACAACUACAAGAUCGAGAACUCGUCGUGGGUGGAUGUGUACGCUCACAUCAUGGGCAUGGCUCGAGAAGAAGCGUCCGCGCGCCACGAUCGAAAUCCCGCAGCUCGCACCUUCUUUCGCCUGACUCCUCCGAGGCACUUCCAGGACGGCGACUACCACAACGGUGGCUGGUGCAAGAAUUCUCAGAUUAGACGGGGCGCCACUUACACGGACUUCUUUCUCGGUGGCGAUCAGUUCAUCCAAAACCGAAUCGUCCUCCAAGAGACCGCGCGCGACCCUCGACUGGAAAUUCUGGACGUCGUUCCGUGCUCUAUCGAACGUGUCGACGCGCACCGAAAAAACGAUUGUGUGCACUUUUGUCUGCCCGCCGCUGGGCCCGUUCGUGUCUGGGUCGAGAUGCUCGUACGAAGAUUGUACGAGGGUCGCGUUUAG